AUGUUGACACAGGAUGAUCUAACUGAUGUGGAAGAGAUACAUGUCCUUCCCAUAGUUGGAGUUGGAGAUAUGGGGAAAACAACCCUUGCCAAACUGAUUUUUAAUGAUGAAACCGUGGAUGCUCACUUUGAGUUGAAACUAUGGGCGUGUGUUUCUGAUGAUUUUGAUCUGAAAUGGUUAGCAUUAAAAGCCAUUAAAACUAGAAAGAGUAGUGAUGGAGACCUUGGAAUCUUGGAUUUAGAGCUAUUACGAAAGGCCUUGCAAGUCUGCUUGAAUGUUAAAAAGUAUUUGCUUGUUUUAGCUUAUGUGUGCAAUAAGGAUAAUAGAAAAUGGGUGGAACUAAAACAUUUGUUUGCAGAAGGAGCUGUCGAAAGCAAAAUUGUAGUCACCACUCGGAGUAGCCAAGUUGCAAAGAUCAUCGGUACUAUCACCCCACUCCAUUUGAAAGCUCUUCCUUACAAAAAGAAUUAUCUUUGUUUCUGA